GUUAAUAGCAAAUGGGCUAACCUCAAAAUUUUCAUAAUUUCAUUGCUAUUUGCCUCACGCAACAAUAACAUCGCUUGGAUUUAAAGAGAAGAAAACCCCAAGAACACAAGCGAAAGUUGACCAUUUCGGCUUCAAAUCGAAGAAAAACACCCAACUCUCCUUCUGGUUUCAUCUAUAAUUUCACGAACAAGUUCAAAAGAAUCCCAAAAACAAAGACCAGUAAAAGAAUGGCUUGUGUAGAUUUCAAAGAACUUCAAGAGAAAUUAUCUACUCAGUUUAGACCAUGGCAACGAUCCUUCCAAUUCUGGGCCAGGGCUGCUGAUAUCUAUGCUGGUUAUAAGGUGUUUCAAGUUAGGGUUAGUUUUGAAAAAGAUGUUGAAAAGGCAGAGGUAAUGUGGGAGAGACAUCAUGAACAUGCUGCUGACAAACUUUAUUCCAUGUGCUAUGAUAUGGGUGGAUUCUUUCUCAAGGUUGCUCAAGUUGUUGGGAAGCCUGAUUUGGCUCCAGCUGCAUGGGUGAGGAAGCUAGUGACUUUGUGUGAUCAAGCUCCUAAAACCCCAUCUAAUGUGGUGAGGCUUCUUCUUGAGAAGGAGUUGGGUAAAAGCAUUGAAGAGAUGUUUGAAAGAUUUGAAUGGGAUCCUAUUGGCUCUGCUUCAAUUGCACAGGUUCAUCGAGCUAGGCUGAAAGGUGAUAAGAAAGAUGUUGUUGUGAAGGUACAACAUCCUGGUGUUCAAGAUUUAAUGAUGACUGAUCUUCGAAAUUUACAAGCUUUGGCUUUAUGCUUACAAAAGACGGAUCUCAAAUUUGACUUGUUCUCUGUGUGCAAAGAAAUGGAAAAACAGAUAGGGUAUGAAUUCGAUUUUACAAGAGAAGCUCUUGCGAUGGAUAGAAUUAGAAAUUUUCUUAGUGAAAAUAACAAAAAGAUGCUUGUUAAAGUCCCACGGGUAAUCCGGGAUGUUGUCACAAGGAGGGUGUUGGUGAUGGAAUAUAUAGAUGGAAUCCCGAUAUUAAACCUAAAAGAUGAAAUAAUGAAAAGAGGAAUAAAUCCAGAUGGUAAGAUCGCAGUGGCAGCAAAGCAGAACAUCUUGAAAAGUUUGAGUCUUGCUUAUGGACAAAUGAUACUCAAAAGUGGUUUUUUUCAUGCGGAUCCUCACCCUGGAAACAUUAUCAUCUGUAAAGGCUCACAAGUUGCUUUGCUUGACUAUGGACAAGUCAAAGAACUUCCUAAUUCCUUGAGGCUUGGUUAUGCUAAUUUAAUUCUUGCUAUUGCUGAUAAUGAUCACAUAAAGGCAUCUGAGGGCCUUAGGGAGCUUGGGAUAAAUACCUUAAGCCUAUGUGAUAAUGAAAAGGAAGAAUUGUUUAAGCUGGCUCAGGUUAUGUUUGACACGAAGCUGCCACCUGGAGUGAAGAUGUUGCAGCCUUAUGCAGAGGAUGCCACGUUGAAGAAGGUUGCUGUUCAGGCCUUCCCGGAGGAGCUGUUUUCCGUUCUACGAACGGUGCAUUUGUUGAGAGGACUUAGCGUCGGUCUAGGACUGAAUUACUCGUGUGCGGAGGAGUGGCGGCCAAUUGCGGAGGAAGCUUUGUAUCAUUCCGGCAGACUAAAAGAUGAGAAUCUGAAGUCAAGGAACCGUCGGAGGCGGAGGUUUCUGAGAAGAUCGUCGGGGUGGAGGAAGUAGAGCUGGGAGCCACCGCUGUCUUGUUUCUCCGACGACCGUAGUUGCUAGUUAUAGAUCAUUUCGUUGGUAUUGUGUUUGAUGAACAUCAUCCAUUUGUUAGGAUGAUUAGGUCAUCGUUUUCUUCAUUUUGUCAGGUAAGAACUGAGAGAGUAAAAGAGCCACAACCGAGUUGCAGGGAUUUGGAAACGAUAACGUUAUAGUAACUUUGAUUAAUUUAUUAUUUAAUGCAUUCAAAUUCAU